GUCUGCAUCGUACAGAAGAAAGAUUCAAAGCAAAUGUUUGCGAUGAAAUACAUGAACAAGAAUCAGUGCAUCGAACGAGAUGCACUGAAGAACGUUCUGCGAGAAGUGGAGAUCCUCACCCGUCUCGAGCAUCCCUUUCUCGUCAAUAUAUGGUUCUCCUUCCAAGAUGAAGAAGAUCUCUUCAUGGUGACAGAUUUAUUACUCGGCGGUGAUUUGAGAUACCACAUUGGACAGGAGGUGCACUUUUCAGGAGACGCAGUCAAACUCACAAUUUGUGAGUUAGCUUCCGCUUUAGACUACUUGAAAACCAAGCACAUCAUACACAG